AUCGCGUUUGAGGACCAAUGCGCCAGGUCUCAAGAUGUCGACAUGAAGAGAGCCAACGGAAAAUCGCAUUGCAUUCCCGGUGAUUGGAGAAAGAAUCUGCACGGCGGCGAUCUGGUGGUUUCCGUCGAUUCUUCUGCUGCGAUGGAGUUUCACGGCGCCGGACUCCGCCGCGUGUUUCUAUUGACAUUUUGUGUCGCCGGAAUUUGGGCCGCGUAUAUUUAUCAAGGCGUCCUUCAGGAAACCGUGUCGACGAAGAGAUUUGGUCCUGAUAGGAAGAGGUUUGAGCACUUGGCAUUCCUGAACCUUGCUCAAAAUGUAGUGUGUUUGAUAUGGUCGUUCAUUUGGUCCGAUAGUGGAAAUGGCGGUGCUCCAUGGUGGAGUUAUUGGAGCGCUGGUAUUACGAACACGAUUGGUCCAGCUAUGGGGAUUGAAGCUUUAAAGUACAUUAGUUAUCCUGCUCAGGCAUUGAUGCUGAUGGGUACAUUAGUUUACGGGAUUCGGUACACCUUUCCUGAGUAUGUCUGCACAUUGCUUGUUGCUGGUGGCGUAUCCACUUUUGCACUUUCAAAGACUAGCUCGAAGACUAUAAGCAAGUUGGCGCACCCGAAUGCUCCACUUGGAUAUGGACUUUGUUUUCUGAACCUUGCUUUUGAUGGUUUCACUAAUGCCACUCAGGAUUCAAUUACUGCCAGGUAUCCAAAGACAAAUGCGUGGAAUAUAAUGCUUGGAAUGAACUUUUGGGGCACCAUAUACAACCUGGUUUUCAUGUUCGGCUGGCCAGGUGCCAUUGGGUACGAUGCACUACAAUUCUGCCGGAACCAUCCGGAAGCUGCCUGGGACAUACUCCUCUACUGUCUUUGUGGUGCGGUUGGCCAGAAUUUCAUCUUUUUGACCAUAAGCCGGUUUGGUUCCUUGACUAACACAACCAUAACAACAACUCGGAAAUUCGUGAGCAUAGUUGUGUCGUCUUUGCUAAGCGGGAAUCCCCUGUCCGACAAACAAUGGGGAAGUGUGGCUAUGGUGUUUUCAGGAUUGUCUUAUCAGAUUUACAUAAAAUGGAAGAAAAUUAGGAGGAGUCAGAAGAAGAGGAAGUCGACGUAAGCCAGAGACUGGUUGGCUUUCGAUGUGAGACGAAGAUGUAGUGAUUUUUUUUUCCCCACUUUCUCAGGGUGAGAUAUUGAUGUGGACAGUGAGGUUUUAGUGGUUAUUGACUUAUAUUGCUAGUAUAGAAAUUCACUUGGUAGUUAUAGAUUGUUAUACAAAGUAUACCACAAAUGGAUGGAAAGUUUUGGUAUGCCCUUUUUUUUUUUAGUUUUGUUUCGGUCCGCACUAGUGUAUGCAUGACAGAAGAACGGUAUUUUCUUGCUAUGGGAUUUUGCAUGAUCAAUUUGAGGCUGCUGUGUAUGGAUCAUGAAAAUAAUUGAAAGUCACAAGUAAAAGAAUGCAGUUAGGAGAAUCAGGUCGAUCGAACUCAGGCACAAGUCAAAGUUAGUUGUGGACCGUAUGCUAUACCUAGAUAAAAUAUCCAAAAA